AUGGCGGCGUCGGGAUCGGGAGGCAACGAGCCCGGCGGACGGCCCUGGACGGCGACAAGCACGUGGGUCCCCGGUCCCACCGGCGGGGCCGUGGAGGACGCUGUCUCGUUCGAGACCUCCGACGACGACGCGGAGGCCUCACCGGCGGGCGUCGUGCUCUGCCACCCGCCGGCCGACUCGGACGGCGACAUGGCUCCCUGCCCCUGCGAGGUCACUGUUAGUUUCAGGGGAAAGUAUGAGAUUCACAGGGUAUAUGUGCGAAGCACAGCUCGGAUAUAUGAACUAUACCACUCUCCUGAUGCAAAGGGUACCAGCAAGGAUUAUCUAUGCACUGUGCGUUGUGGACUUGCUGUUAAAGAACCGCAGCCCUGUGGUGAAGAAAUUAUGUCUCAGUGGACUGGCAGUGCUUUAAACAGUGACAAGCAUGAACAUGAGGCAAAAAGUGUAAGCAGUGGUAGUGAUGAAGAUAGUUGGGUUGAUAUCAAGAUUCCAGAAUCUCCUGCACGAAAUAAAACUCUAGAAUCUGAAGAAAGGAAUGUGAUUCGAACCUGCCAAGAAAAUACUCUGGCACACUAUGAAGCUACUGCCGAGAUGACUGAUGUGAACCCAUGUGUAUCUCUUACCAUCCGUCUUCUAUCACUUCAGUCAAAGACAUCAGUGCACAUCGAGGAGAUCUACAUAUUUGCGGAUCCUGUUGAGUCCACCAAUGAUGAUUCAGUAAGAGGUCCUGUAAACAUGGGAGGCAGUUCUUUGCUGGCAAUGCUUGUUCCUGGCCUUAUGCAAAUGUCUAAAUCAAGGAAUUUGAAAAUGGAUGACAGUUAUUUUUCUGCUGGAUCAAGGAAUCAAGAGGGCAGCACAUGUGAAAGGGUUACACAGGAAGCAGGGCUGUGUAGCACAAACGAUUCAAAAUAUACGUCUGGAGGGAUAGAAAGUGGAAUGAGCCCUAUAAUUGGUGGUAGAGUAUCUGAUGAAAAAAGUAGCGAAGGUGAGUUCCAGUUCAAGGACCCCGAUUCUCAUCCAUUACCUGUACAAACAUUAGAAAGUACACAAGCGUCGUCAGUGAAGGACCAGCGAGAAUUGAACACAGGUCAUCUUGCUAAUCCCCUCGCGAAUGAAAACUUUACUCCUUAUAAUCAUAUUGAGAGAAAGUUGGAUACUCUGCUCUCGAAGGUAGAGAAGAUGGAAUUAUAUUGCUCAAGGUUUGAGGACAACAUGAUAAAGCCCCUUGGUAGCAUUGAGGCAAGGCUUCAACGACUGGAGGAACAGUUUAAUUCGUUCUCUGUGGAUAUUCAGUCUUUGAGAGGUUCUUCUGCAUUUAGGUCAGCACCAGAUGGUAUGUCUAAUACAAUGAGCUCACAGGAGGAAGCACAUAAUGAUGCUAAUGAUAAAAGUACUCCUACAACUGACAGGAAGCCAGGUUUAGUUGUCAGGGCGCCAGAUUUUAUGUCAGAUGAUUCCUGUUGUUAUAAUGUAAUAACUAAUGGAAACCAUGUUAAUUUUCGUGGGCCUAAUGUGGUGCCAAGGCUACUUGUGAAGGUCCCUGAUUUGGUCCCUGAUUCUAUUGCUCAACCUGAGCUAACUGAUGGAAACCUUCAUGAUGGGCCUGCUCUAUCUUCUGAAAAGGAGCGUAAAACUUCCCCAGGUUUAGUUGUCAAGGUUCCUGAAUUCCCAGAUGAUGAUGAUGACGACGAAGUGGAAGAAAAGAAACAGGCUGAAGUUUGUGGUGAUGGUGAUGAUCACACAUGGUCUGAUGAUACUCUCAGGAAAAGCACAGCUGGCAACACCAAGAGCAAAAAACCUGUAUCUAUCAAUGGUGCAUUGGCGUCUGCAUUGGAGGCAUUACUCACUUCUACCAAAGAAACAUCAUCUUCGAAACCUGCUGUUUGCACUACCAGUAAUUUAAGUGCUGAAAAUAUUGAUAAUUCCUUCAGUUGUUCCCUUUCUCCUGGAAAAACUUGUGGGAUGUCCACUAAAGAUGGUUCAGCUGACCAAUUUCUGGGUGCAUCUGGUGAUGCAAAUUUGGUCGGUGGCUUCAUAUCUUCUCCGGAUAUUGACACAACUCCACAUAAUUCUCUCUCAAAGGAAAUGUUGGAUAGCAGGGUUGAGAUAAAUGAACAGAACGAUGAUAUCAAUACAUCAAAGGUGGCAUUUGUUGCAAUCACAGAACCAUUGGAUGUUCCCUCACAGACUGAUACAAUUGAGGAAUCUAUUGAUGAUGGAAGUUGGGUGAAUAGACAAAACAAUGGUCCUAAUUUGAAUGCAAUGCCAUAUUUUGUGAAUACUGGAACUGGACCUUUGGAUCCUCCUACAGUUUUUGAACCUGUUGAUAGUGGAGUUGAGAUGAAUGAAAAUAGACCUUCCAUAUCCUUGGUGCAGUUUCUUGCAGCAAGGAAUGCUAGCUCUUGUAAGAAUGGUACUUCUGAGGUAUGCCUUGGAUCAAGCAGUAAUGCCCCCAGAACUAGGGGUGGCGAUAUUAAUAAUACGAAAGAAGCAGUCUCAGAUGAGGAAUGUGGCCUGAAAAGUACAGAGAAUGGAUUUAGGCCUUCUUCGAUGAUGGGCUCUAUAUUUUCUCAGUAUCAUGCUACAGAUUCCAAUAAAAAAUUGAUUGAGAACAGCAGUUUGGACUGGAGUCUAGAUGAGAGUUUCUCAAAACAGAAUGGGGAACAUUCCUGUUCAAGUUCAAUUAGUAUGGGUAUCGAGUCGUUUCGUGGAGCACCUACCAGAGAACCUAUUAUUUCAGGGAAUGACACAUCAGGAAACUACGUUGAAGAUCUUGCAGGCAUUGGAGAUCGUCCUGUUGCAACACUAAUUUCUGGGGAAGAGCUGCAAAAGGUUUGUGAUUUGCUUUAUGAGUUUAAGGAUGACAUGCUGGGCAUGACCUCCGCAGCAAAGGGUACAAAUAAGAGCAGCCCGUCCCUUGAAGUCUUGCUUGCUGAAUCAUCUGAUUCUGAAGCACAAAAUUCUGAUCUGGAGGGUAUUGACAGUGGUGCUGGCAUUGGGUCAACUCGACUGUUUAGCACGCUCUCAUCUUCAGACGACGAUGCUUCUGCUGCGGAUGAGCCUUUAGUUGAUAUUGCUGACCUGACUACACCAUCAGAGCCAUAUACUUCUGCCCUCAAUGAGCCUCUGGUUGACGUGGCUGGCCUGACAAACCCUUCAGGGAUAGAUGCUUCUUCAGUGAAUGAGCCUUCGGCUGAUGUGGUUGAUCUGCUACAUACUUCAAACGAGACUUUGGUCAGUUUGGAUGAUCUGCCAAACCCUCCAGAGUUGUCUUUUGGUGGGAGCAGUGGAGAACAUCCUGACAGUCUUAUAUAA